CGUCGUCUCGCGUCGACCAUCCUUGAGAAGAACAAGCGACCAUUUUGGGUAAGACAAGCUUCACUCGUAUUCGUUAAUUUCGUGCUGUAAAAUGCGAUCUAUGUAAUUUCUUUAGGCUCAUUAUUAUGCCGCCCAUUUACACGAAACAGUUCGUCACCUAUUUCGUCGACAGCGGGCAGAGGAGGGAUAAGAUUGUGAUCGUGGGGUCGCCCAUGUCCCACUCGGAAGCUGAGGAGCGCCGGAAAGCCGUACGCUUACUUCUUGCUACUGCAGAGUUGGUGAAAUUGCCAGCCCAGGACUUGGUAUACAGAAAUUUAGUGAUUGUUGCUUUCCCAACUGGUGACCAGUCAUUAUUCUUGUGUAGAGGUGUUAUAACUGAUAUUCAGCCUUGGACAGAAACUGUACAAGUGCAAGUUCUACUUGUUGAUGAAUGCCAAAAAGACAUCAUUGUCUCUCCUGAUUGGAUAUUUGCUUGCCCCCAGUUUUUGAGUGUUUAUCCCACUGUUAUUCAGCAGUAUAUUUUAGCUGAUAUUUUACCUGCAAAAAAGGAAUGGCCGCCAGGUGUAAUAUCUUAUUUACGGUCAAAGCUAGUUAAAAAGUUUGUCCCUGUUAUACGUGACAUAGAAGAUGAUAAGUUUGGUUAUAUCAGUCCUCUUGAACCAGAUGGAUUCGGGCUGCCAAUUGUAUGUCGACUUAUAAAUGAAAGUUGGGCUCUGCCAGCUGUAAGUUUCCCAGGAUUGAUUACUGGAGUAUUGGAGGAAUUGCAAAUAGAAUAUCCAAAGCUUGCAACUCUCUUCUUGCCUUUCAGAAAGGAAUUAACAUUGUCAGACCACUUCAUUAAGACUGCCACAUACAAAACCAUGCAGCUUCCAACAAAUUCCUACGAAGAGUGCCAAAUCAGCCACUGUACGGUUGGUCCCUGGAAGUUUUACCUACAGUUCAAACAACAAAUAGAAAGUUAUAGGAAGUUACAGGGAAAACUCAGGCUUUAUUUUGACUCUGGAAAACUGGGCCAGGUUUCACUGAAAAUAGGGAGUUCUGUGCUGUGUUAUAUCAGAAACCUGAAGGAAGAGGAAUACCAGAGAGGAUUGGUGACAGGGGAGGUUUCUAACAAUGAAAUUCCUGUUUAUUUGGUUGACAAAGGAGCUACUCUGAAGUUGAGGAAAGACUUGCUCUGGGAAUUACCUGUAGAACUUCUAGAUACUCCCAUUUGUAUGAUUAAAUGUUGUUUAGAUGGACUGCCUGAAGUUGUUGACCCUGAAGUAUCAAAUGCAUUUGGAGAAGUUAUUCAGGUGCACUCUUUGAAGUGCAAGGUUGUCAAAAUGGAUGAGGGGAAGUUAAUUAAAGUGUCGAUGCUAGCAAGUGGCUGUGAUGUACUGAAGAUGAUAACACCAAGUUUCAAGAGAUCACAACUUGUCACAAGUUGCAAAGUUUUCAUCUCCUAUGUGUGCAAGAGUGACAAUGUAAUUUAUGUCCACUUGAGUAGGGAGUCGCCUAAGUUAGAAGACUUGCAGAGGAAACUACAAGAGGUGGGUAACUCUGCCCUGGUUAUGGAGGAACCAGAAGUUAACAUGACUUGUUUGGCACGAUACGAUGACGGGUAUUGGUAUCGAGGGAUGGUUUUGGAAACAGGAGCUUACUAUAAGGUUAAGUACGUGGAUUAUGGGAAUAGUGGACGAGUUUCCCAUGGAAACGUAAGAGAACUUAGCCUAGAACUGAUUGGUAAACUACCUGCUCAAGCUAUACCUUGCAUCCUCAGUGAAGUUCCCAUGAAAGGUGUCACUUCAGCACUUGUGGAAGAGUUUUUUGGGCCAAUUGGAGAGAGUGAAAUAUAUGUAAAAAUUAUCGGCCUUAAAAAGCACAAACUGGAAAGUGCAUCUCAAGAGGUUGCUGUUGUAGAGAUGAUAUCCGAGAAGGGUUUGUCAUUGAACAGGUAUUUGGAAGAGAAAUUAAACAAAAGAGUAGUAGAUAAUAUCAGUUCAGCUUCAUCGUACACCAGUCAUGUUAUCCGAGAGGUUACAGCCAAAAGUGAUAACCCCAAGUCUUUACCAGAAUUUAAUCAAGGAAUGCAGACUGAAAAUCAGGUUAGUUCUGGGUCUUCCAACUAUUUAAGCCACAAUGUUGACAAAGUGUUUAUGGCCCAGGACAAUACAUCUCCCCAAGUCAACCAGUCUGGUGUGAAUAAGCUGCCAGUAGUGGAAGUAAAGCCUGGCACUUAUGGUCAAGUUCGGCUGUCCUGUGUUGGCAGAGCGUGCUUCUUUGUAACGCUCCAGGAGAAAGAGACGGUUAUCCAGGCUAUGAGAGAGAUUUUGAGGGAGAAAUGUCAAGGAGCUUCAGCAAACGACAUAGAAGGGUUAAAUGUUGGGUGGUUGGUGGCUUCCUUUGAUGAUAGUGAUCGUUUGUGGCAUCGAGGCUUGGUCACAGGAUGUCUUGGCAUAUUGGUUGAGCUGACUUUGAUUGACUCUGGUAAAGACUUAGUUGUGGAAAAACUUUCGCUUCAGAAAUUGCCUGAUAUCCCUUUAGUGUUAUCAACUCCUGCCCAGGCAAUAAAGUGCACGCUUUUAGAUGGCAGGUUGAACCCUGGUCGUAUUGAGCACAUGAAGAAAGAAGUCGGAAUGGGUUUUCUGGCACACUUUUGUAAAGAAGAUGGUGGGCUUUGGGAGGUGAAAUUAUAUUCAGAGAAAGUUGUUGGUGAUGGAGAAAAACGAGGUACUGAAAAUUCAUCACUGAAGCUCGAAACUGAGAGAUCAGGAAAUACAUUUUCAAAAGAGGAAGCAUCAAAAUGUUGCAAAGAAGAAACAUCUGAACGCAAUGCUUCAGUUUGCUCAUUUCUCCAAGAACUGACUAGGAGUUCUGAAAUUGAUCCAGGCACUAGUGCAGAGAAAUCUGACAGAAAACCAGAGGAGACGAAGUGGGAGUCUCUAAGUAGGCAAUGUAAAUCUGCAUCUGGACCUAUUAGAAAUAAAAGUCAUCGGUACCAUGCAGCCUCUGCUAGCGAGAGGUGGAGAGAUGGCUCUAAUGAUAAUAGAACUUACAACAGUCAGUGGAGGGAGACAAAGACCUCUAGCACAUCAAGUACACAGAGUGAGGAGACUUCAUUUGUGAAGCCUGUGAGAAACCGGGAGUUUGGACUCUUUAGAAGCAGAAAACAAAGUGCAACCCAGGAUACACCACUGAAAACCAAGAGUUCUCAUGCUACCGUGCAAAAUGUAGUUGAAAAUGUAUAUAAGCAUCCCAGCAGAUCCUUUGGAGAAGUGAAAAACCAAGAAAAGAAGUUCAGUUGGAAACCUGCAAAGGAAAUGGUAAGCGUUAAAAAUUGUAACAAAGCUGAAGAUGACAGUUUCAUGGGAAAAGCUCUCCCCAGUGAUGACAGUUUCAUGGAAAAACCUCUCCCUAGUGAUGAUAAUUGGUCUGAUAACCAAAACUCACUAAAUGGUUAUUUCAAGAAGAUUCCCAGUAUUCCUCCAGCACAAGUCAUGUGUGAUAAUGUGUUUGAUGCUGUUAUUACUAGUAUUGAAGAUGAUGGAUCCUUUUGGAUCCAAAGCUCUCAACAAAUUCCUUCUCUUGACAAAUUGAUGCAAGCUAUAAAUGAAUCCGACACGGAUUUGCUUAAAGUGAUGAAUGCCACUCCAGAAAUUGGUAGACCUUGUUUGUGUGUGUAUGCCGAAGACGAAAGGUAUUACAGAGCUGUUGUGAAAGAGUUUCACAAUACAGAUUGCGCUAUAGUUCAUUAUGUAGAUUAUGGCAAUAGCAGUGAAGUAAAAGUGUGUGACAUACGUUUGAUUCCAACUAGAUUUCUGGAUCUACCGUGUCAAGCAAUCCAUUGUUAUUUCAGUAAAAUCUUGAGAGAAAAGUCCUUAGAUGUGCUUCAUCAAAAGCUUGAAGAAAUUUUGUCUGAAGAGUUGAAAGUUUCCCUGACUAAAGAGUUGCAAGAUGAAGACUUUUUUGUUAUGAAGAGCCUUACUGUAAAGGAUGUAGAUAUAUUGUCCAAAAUUCAAAAAGAACAAAUGCAUCUAGAAACUUUAUCAAGUGGGAAUAUACCACAAGUAAACCAGAUCAAUGAGAAUUGUGAUGUCUGUCAUAUUCCAUAUUUAAAGAUAAAUUAUGUGUCUGAAAUUACAGCUUAUAUAUGUCAUGUUGAUACUGAUGGAAUAUUUUGGGUACAGUUGACUGCUAAUACAGCAGUUCUUGAAGAAGUAAUGGAAAAAUUGAAUGACAUUGGAAGCCCCUGUAAAAGAACUCUCUCUCGUACUGUACCUGGAGUGCCAUGUUUAUGUCAGUUUGCAGAAGAUGGAAGGUUUUAUAGAGCAGAAAUAAAGGAGGUCUUACCCACAAAAGACACUGCUUUGGUGCAGUAUGUUGAUUAUGGCAAUGUCGACCAUGUACAAAUUGAGAACUUGGCUCUCCUGCCAGAAGAGUUUACUGCUAUCCCCAGGCAAGCCAUAUGCUGUAGCUUCAGGAAGGACAUAAGGAACAAGUGGUCUCAGAAUACCCAAACUCACCUAGAGGCUUUUGUAGAACAAGAGUGCACAUUGAUGUUAGUUGAGGGAACAGAAAAUGAGAAGGAAAAUGUGAUUGUCAGAUUAGCCAUUGGUGGAGUUGAUAUUUUGUCUCAUAUUGCCUCUGAAUUAGAAAUUGACGUUAGUGUACGGUCAGAGAUGGCUGAAAGUGUACUGUCAGAAACAGCUGAAGUUAAUGUCAACAUUCUCGAGUCUUCUGUUCCUUUCUUAUCAUUGACAUACGACAGUGAAAUUACUGCUUAUGUAUCUCAUGUUGAUAAUGAUUCUCUCUGGAUUCAACUUUCUGAUAAGUCCACAGAUUUAGAGGAGAUGGAGGAAAAAUUGAACGAUUGUGCAUUAUCACCACUAACACAUGCUCCUGAAAUUAAUUGUUUGUACGCUUGUCGCUCUGCUGAUGAUGGAAGGCUUUACAGGGCCGUUGUUAGGGAAGUUGGUGAUGAAGUUGGUGUUACUGUUCACUACGUUGAUCAUGGUAAUAAUAGCCAUGCAGAGGUGGAACAUUUGUUUCCCUUGUCCAGUGCCUUCCUCGCCUUACCAAGGCAAGCUAUACAGUGUCACUUGAGCAAGAAAAAGGAAGCUUCUAGGCCAAUGACAAUACAAUCCUUAGAUGAACUGUUAAAUCAAGAGGUGGUUCUGUCACUGAAAGAGAACUAUGAAGAUGACAACAGAAAUAUUUUGUUAAGUUGCACAUUAGAUGGAAAAGAAAUUUUUUUAGAACAAAAACAGUCUUUGCAUGUUGAAAGUAAUGAAAAAGGUGAAAAAUUGAGUGACUAUGAAGCUGGAUUUGAAAACAAAAUUGAUUCUGUCAAACCUGCAGUGUGUCCAGUUGAUGAUGCUACAUUGGCAUGUCCAUCUUGGUUACCAAUUAGAUUUAAUGAAACAUUUAAAGCAUAUGUUUGUCAUGUAGAACAUGAUUCAAUUUGGAUUCAGUAUGCUGAUAAACUUGAAGAUUUAGAGGCGGAGAUGAAAAAAUUGAAUGAAAGUCCACCUUUAACUUUACAUACACGCCCUGUUCUUGAAAGUGUGUGUGUCUCGCAAUAUAGUAUUGAUGGAAUGUAUUACAGAUGCAUAGUACAGGAGAUAGACGAUGAUAUGUCAAUUGCUGUGGUACAUUUUAUAGAUUAUGGUAAUCGUGAGCAAGUGCCCAUAACAGAUCUUUAUGAGAUUCCCGAUUGUUAUCGAAGUUUGCCCAGACAGGCAGUACAGUGCUAUUUCAAAAAGGAGAUGAAGCAAGGUGAUGCACAGUCAUUACUGAAUCAAGUUUUGGAAGUUUCUGUACAUGAGGAGGUUAAAGAUGAUAAAAAUAUUAUUGUUCUUGAUGAUGUUUGUGGCUGCAAUGGUGUGAGUGUGCUCUCUGAUUUCCUUGAAGUGAUUCCCGGAGUUAAUCAGGAAAAGGGAUUUGAAGAACCAGAUGGGAUUUUAGAACGGGCCAAACAGGAAUUAAAAGAACCUAAUGGUAUUGAUGAUGAAAUUGUAAAGACUUCCAGAAACACUUGUGAGUCACAAGAGUAUAUUGAUGAGCAAUGCACAGCAUCAGUCGUGACUCAGAGGUCAUCAGCAAGUGAUGUUCCAGAUGUUACAGAAAUUGAACCAGAACCUACCAUGGUUGAAAGCAACAUUCUUGGAAAGUUUCCUGUUCAUCAGAAAGAGAAGAGUGGCUUAUGCAGUGCACCUGGCUUGGAAGUCUUCGAUCUUGAGAGUAACAGAACAGCAAGAUCAGUAGUGAAACCAGAAACUGAUAUUUUUAGUGAUGAAGACUCUGAGAAAUGCUUAGUUACAGUAAACCAAGAUGAAAGCCCAUUGAUACCAGGGUUGGAAUGUGCAAAUGCCAUACAAGAUAUGGAGGGAGAUGAUUGUCAUAUUGGAACAGAAUUGUCUGCUGCUUUUGAUCAAGUUCCUGUUCAGCAUUUUGCCUUGAAGGACAUGGAAACUGUUUAUGUAGGUGACAAAUUUGAUGUGUCUAGUUCAUGUAAUGAGGUAAUGACUACACCCAGCAAUGUAGAAAGGUAUGGAAAGCGUUUCAAAGCUGUUAUCUGUCAUAUUGAAAAUAAUGGCAGUUUGUGGUUGCAGCCUUUGGAUGAGUUACCAACCCUCCAUGAUAUGAUGACUAAAUUAAAUGAAUUGGCAGAGAGCUCUCUGGAGGCUUUCACUGACGGGUCUGUCGAUGUUGGAGUUGUGUGUGUCUGUACAUAUACCACAGACAGGAGGUUGUAUAGGGCUCAUGUGAAAAAGCUGAUAGAUGAUGAAAAUUUUGUUGUAGUCCAUUUCUUAGAUUAUGGAUAUGAAGAGUAUGUAAAAAUGGAAGAAUUGCGGAAAUUACCAGAGUGUUUUAAAAAUAUUCCAGCACAAGCUGUUCAUUGUUAUUUCAGCAAACUUAUCAGAGAAAACUGGUCAGAGUAUCAUAACCAACUGAUUAUAGAUAUAAAGAGUGAAGUGUGUCUUUGUCUUUUGUCAGAUGAGGAAGGUGAUGGUAAUCUUAUUGUACAAGAACUCCAUAGUGAGGAAAGAGAUAUUUUAAGAAUGAUGAGCUUGAGCUUGGAUAGAAAUGCUAGCCUCGAAGUGCCAGAGAGAAAUGCUAGCCUCGAAGUGCCAUGUUUAGACCCACUUAAAGUUGACAUGACAAAUAGUGCUGUGGAAGAAAUGCAAGCAGAGGAGAAAACUGAUUCAAAUAUAGCCAUAGAAUUACCCAGUGAUAGUAUCUCUAUUUUGCCUACCUACUCUGAGGAUGAUUUUCAUACCAGUAGCAUAAUAAAGGUUGAAGGUACUUCCAUUGAUGUUAGUUUAGGUAAUCUUGCAUACCAAGAUGAGGAAACUGCAGCUGUUGCUGAACCUGGUAUCUCAGAAGUAACAUGUAGAACGUUGGUCCUUUUACCUCAAAAUUGCAUUGAAUAUGACGUAACCUUUGAUGCAGUUGUUAGCCAUAUUGAGAGUAAUGGUUCAUUGUGGCUGCAAGCUAGCACUCACCUGCCUGCUCUCAAUAGCAUAAUGAAAAUGCUGAAUGAAUUAGAUAUCCAUACUUUAGAACCCAUAGAACAUGCUUUUAUAGGAAGUGUGUGUUUGUGCCCAUACACAGAAGAUGGAAGGUUAUAUAGGGUUGUCAUAAGAGAGUUACUUGAUGGUGAUUGUCCUGUUAGGGUUCAUUAUGUUGAUUAUGGAAAUGAAGACUUCGUGAAGAGGGAUAGUCUUUGGAAGAUUCCAGAGGACAUAAGUCAGUCGGUCUUUCACCUACCCAUGCAGGCUAUUCAUUGUUACCCCAGCAAAAAUAUUGGAGAAUAUUGUCAGUUGGGCAUAGAAGAUGAGGUGAAAGUGUCACUGUCACUCUCUGACGAUGGUAUUAAUGUUUUAGAUAAAGUAAUCGUUCAAGACUUGGAUGAUUUAUCAAAGGGAGUGGGAUCACUAGAAAACCAAGACUGUCAAGGCAUUGCUGAGAUUCCAAGUAGUAACGGUGAUGGAUUGCAACAUUUGGUGUCCUUGGAUUCAGGAGGAACAGGUGUCCAGGAAAAUGCUGUUGAAGUUUCACUGUAUCAACAGCACCAAAGUUUUAUUAAUGAUUGUGAUGCAGAUGAGACUGAAAGAGACACUGAAAUUGUAAAAGACACCAUUGAAAUAAAGCCUUCUGAAGGAAGUGAAGUUCAUGAAAAUUUAAUUGAGUUUUCAAGUAAUAACCCCAGAGAGGAUGAUGAAAAUUUGAUAGAGUUUCCAAGUAGUAACCCCACAGAGGAUAAUUGUAUAUCAGAUAUAUUAGCGAGCCAGAUUUUUGCCAUGGAACCUAGUUCAGUCUCGGAAGAGAAUGAUAGUUGUAUAAAUGAACAUUUCGUCAUAGACAGGGAACAUACAGAUACAAACUUCCAGGAAGCCUUAAGUGAACUAGGUGUGCAAUCACCCUUAUCAGGAGAUGGCCUUUCAAAAAUCAUAGCAACCAAAAACACUGAAUAUGCACUAGUUGAUUUCAGGGAAAUUCCAGCUGAGAACUCUAGUGGGGAAACAAAACACGUAGAGGAAGUAUCUGGAAGAAAGGAUUACUAUAUCAAUGAAGAGAAUGAGGCUCUAAAGGGAAGAUCUGUGAAAAAUGAAGACUGUAUAUUUUUCCCAACAGUUCCUUUUGAAGACCCAUUGUUGCUUGAAAAGCGUGAACAGUUUGAGCAUAGUUGUAAUGAAAAAAGUUUUGAUUUGAAUCUUGACUUGCAAAAUUAUGCCAAUAAUCAAGGGCAAGAACAUCAGUUACUUUUAGAUAGUGAAGAGAAACCCGAUGAUUUUAAGAUAGAUAGGUUAUGUACUUCUCUUGAUAAGUGCAUGGAAGUUACUGAAUUCAAGUGUAGUUAUACUGACAAACCUAAUGUAGAGGAGAGCCUUAAUGAGUCCUAUCCAGAUGAACAAUAUCUUGUUGAAUUCCAGGCAGUUGCAGAGUCAUUUGACUUUAGCCAUCAGUCUCUGAAACUUGACUACGAUCAUUGUAAACAGGGAACACCUCCCACAAAUCCAGCAGAGCUGAUAGUAGAGAUCACUGGAAAAUCGGAAAUUGCCGAGUUCUUCCUUGAAUCAGAAGAAACUUGUGGUAUUUUUUAUAGUGAGAGUCCAAGAAUCGGGACAGAGUAUGAAGCUGCUGAGGAACAGAAUGCUUAUGGUAUAGCACCUGCCAAUGAUGUGGUACAGAGUCUCAGUGAAUUGGUAGAAAUACAAUUGGCAGAAGAAACUUCUAAUGAACAUGAGGAAAGUAAUUGUAGUUUUGAAAAAAAUGAAUGGGAGAUUCAGCAGCAGGAAUUAGAUUCAUGUAAAUACCCAGAUGAUGAUGCUAAAUUAAUAGAAGUUGUUGAAUUCGUGGAAGUCGGUACAUCACAGGAAUCAUCACACUUUAUUGAAGAUGAGAAAAACUUGAAGCAAACAGAUGAUGUGGAAGUUUCAAGUCACAUUUUGAGUGUUAGCAUGAAAGAUGCUGAAAGUGUUUAUGAGCAAAGGGAAUUACCUUGUGUAGAAAAGAGUUCAGAAGAGGAGCAGAUAACCGGAGGAAGUAUCUCUGAUUGGAACUCUGCUGAUGAAAUAAACAAGAUGGCCACUGAGGUGAGGUUAACUUCCGAUGGCCCUGAGCUGCUUGUAAGUGGAACAGAUUAUGAUGAGAGGAAGGCACAGCAGUAUGGCGCUUGUGUAGAUGGAAGCACUGUUAAAAAGCAUGUGGAACUGUGUGCACGUAGUUUAGAGACUUUAGACAGCCGUUGGUUGGAUACACCACCAAGUGAGACUGCAGUUUCCGAGCUCCAGUCGAGCAAAACACCUGGGUGUUUGGGUCCCGGUUUGAAAGUUGAACCAGAAUCAAUGAAGUGCCUCCUGGAUUGUUUUAGAUUAGAGCCGGAGACAUCUAAAGUUGUGCCCCAUGACCUUGAGGAUAGAGGGAGAGCUUUUGCACUACAGUCAAAUCUUGUCAGUGGAAAAGAGGUUUUUAUAAUGAACAUACAUGCACCUGGAUGUUUGUCUAUUAUCUUGAAGAAUGAUUUAAAAAGGCUCCAUAAUAUUCAGCAGUCUCUUCAUGGUAGUGCAGAGCAGUUAAAGUUACAGGAACUGAAGAAGAUUCAUCCUGGAAUGGGUUGCGUUGUGGAAUCUGAAGAUGGUAAAACAAUGUACCGAGCAACUAUAUUAGAUGUUGAAGGAGGAAAUGCAAAUGUGAAUUUUGUUGAUGAAGGAAAAAUGGAAAUAGUACCUCAAGAAAAGCUGAAACAGAUUCCUCAAAAUCUGUUAGAUCCUCCUUGCAUUUACACUUGUGAAGUGAAACCUAAGAACAAGGAAAUGGUGUUGAGCUGUGACCAGAUUCAUUCAUCCAUCCAACCCUUCAUUAAGAAGCCUUUGGUUUUAACUGCAGAAGAUGGAAAAGGGAAGCAAGUGCUGACCUUCCAAUAUUGCGGAAAAGAGGUUCUUGAAGAUUUUGUGUGCUCAGUCCUUACACCAGUUUCCCAGAAGACUUUGGUGAUGGAUUAUCCCACAUGCAGUGGAAUAUCUGAAUCUGAAACGAUUCCUUCAGUCAGUGUGGAAUCUGUACCAAGAGCAAAAAGAUCUUUUGAUAAAUCUAAAAGUUUUCUACAUAUUAUUGAUGAAGAAGGGGAGGACAGUGAUGAAACUAGUGUGAUUCAGUGUUAUAAAGCACUUGUGGUUAAUGUAGAGGAAAAUCCAUUUUCCUUGUGGGUUCAAAAGGAAGAAGAUUUCAAUCAUGUAACAUUCAUUACAAAGACUUUAUCAAGUGAAGGACUUGAAUUUGGAAUCUUGGAGCACCCUAAGAAAGGCCAGCUCUGUCUGUGUGUUUUGAACGAUGUCAAGCAGCGUGCGAAGUUAAUCUCUUUCGAUGAUAACACUGCACUUGUACAUUACAUAGACCUAGGCAAAUAUGACAUUGUAUCAAGACAGGAGCUCUUUAAGCUUGAAGAUGAACUUACUGACAUUCAUCCUUUGGCAUCCCAAGUCUUUCUCCCUGUGUCUGUUAAAAAAGGAAUGGAAUGUGUUUCUGGCUCAGUUACAUCCACAGCAGUCCUUGGUCAGUUAUGCUAUUGUAUUGAUUUGAGAACACAGGCUGACGGGAAAAUAAAAACCAUAGUGGUUAGCAGUGGUCAAGGGGAUCUGGGCAAGUUUCUUGUUAGGAUGGAUUUAGCUAUCGGAGUUAGUUUUGAUCCUUAUGUUGAAGAUCAGGUUAGUCUUUUAGUAAAUAGGUUUUGCCAAGGACAUGCUAAUGAGCCAUGAAAAGCAGUCAUCUUUCUUUGAAUUAUUUUGACCCCAUUGUCAGAAAUUUUUCAUUUUUAUGAGAGACCAAGGAGUACAAAUUUUGAUGUCAGAUUUGAUUUUCCAAAAGGAUUUUCAUUUUUAAGCUAGUUCAAGGAUUACAAAGUUUGAUGCAAGAUUUGUUUUUCCUAAGGAGGGCUUAGCAAUUUAAGGUUUAUUUUUUAUAUAUAUAAUAUGUACAGUAGAUAAUAGUGUUUUCAAAUAUUGUAGUAGCUUUAUACUUGGUAUUUAUUAGUACUACCUAGGUUUGAGCUGGAAGGUAAGUGGUAGCACAGUAAUUCUUGGUUCUGAAGAUUACUUUCUUAUGUUAAGGAUACAUUUACAUUACUUUUGCACUAGGCAUUGUAUUGAAUUGUUUCAUUGGCCAAGUUUAAAUGCAAGGAAAGAUCCGUAGUAGAUAACAAGAAUGCCAUUUUGUUGAGUUGGUUGGACUGAGUUAACCAAUAUUUAGUAUGCAAACAGCUUUGUACAUCUCUUUAUUGCUAAGGAUAUUUAAUUAUUUUGUUAGUUAAAAUUGUGGUAUCCUUUUUUUUAUAUACUUUUAAGGAAAUGUUAAGUUAAUGCCAAAAUGUUAUGUUGUUGCUUCAGUUUGCCUGAGUUAAAUUAUUGCUAAUGGAUAUCAAUAUUCUUAGUGGUUUGAUGUUUCAAAAGUGGUUCUCACUUAUGAAAUUGUGCUUUUGAGAAAUAAAUUAUGGUAAACAUUAAGAAAUAAUGGAAGAAACUAGGAAAUGUAUUGUCCAAGUCUUUUGGUGCAUUAUUUUUAAAAGUAUAUCUUUCAAGUACAUUAAA